UCUUGGACGAGGGUCACGGGAGCGAAAUCUUCCGCAUUUACACAGCAAAAAAAACAAGAAAUUCUCUCCUGAUUUUUCAGAUUUGUAAGAAAGAUUUGACGUCAGCUUCAGUCAAGAUCGGACGAGGCAGAGUUUUUUUAUUCAUCUAGUGGUGUGAAUAUUGUAAUAUCAUCACCAUGGCUAGUGGGCCGUACAAUUAUUCCUAUAUCUUCAAAUACAUCAUUAUAGGUGAUAUGGGUGUAGGCAAAUCAUGUUUGUUACACCAAUUCACAGAAAAGAAAUUUAUGGCUGACUGCCCUCACACAAUUGGUGUAGAAUUUGGUACCCGAAUAAUUGAGGUUUCUGGACAGAAAAUUAAGCUUCAAAUUUGGGACACAGCAGGCCAGGAAAGAUUUAGGGCAGUAACAAGGAGUUACUACAGAGGAGCAGCCGGAGCUCUGAUGGUGUAUGACAUCACAAGGAGGAGUACAUAUAACCAUCUUAGUAGCUGGCUUACAGAUGCUAGAAAUCUUACAAACCCAAAUACAGUAAUCUUCCUGAUUGGUAACAAGUGUGACCUCGAAGCCCAGAGAGAUGUUACAUAUGAAGAAGCCAAACAAUUCGCAGAGGAAAAUGGUCUUUUAUUUCUAGAAGCAAGUGCAAAGACGGGAGAGCAUGUUGAAGAAGCAUUCCUGGACACAGCAAAGAAAAUAUAUCAAAACAUUCAGGAUGGAAGCUUGGAUUUGAAUGCAGCAGAGUCGGGUGUGCAACAUAAGCCAGCAGCACCGAGAGGAAAUCAACUCAAUACAGACCAGCCACAGAACAAGGAAGGAUGUCCAUGCUAACGCUUACUGGCACUCUUCCCAUCUCUGCUAGAAUCUAAACCUUACUUCAACUUCUCCUCCAAAUUUGUGAGUUACUAAGCAGGAAAUAAUGUCUUCCAAGCUAGCGCUACUGCUGGGCAGUGGAAGGACACAUUUUAUUCAUUAGAGAGGAGAUUGAUUUAGUUGGGCAAAUUUUUAAGGUCAGGAUAGGGAUUAAUCAUAAUAAUAAAUCGUUGAAAAGUACAUUCCAUCCAUGGCAAAUGAGCUGUACAGGUUUGAAACUUUCUUGAUGAACAUAAACAAUUCUGAAACUUCACAUUAUAUACAAAACAAUGCAUGACAACAUUUCAAAAGAUGAAAGUGAAAACACUGGCAAGAGAAAGUCACAUGCUAAUCAGAUUGGUUUGAAGUGAACUCUUGAACAUACCUAUUGAGAUUGCAUUCCCAACAUGUGUUGGAAGGUGGUUUCAGAGUUUGGGAGCUGCAUAUGCAAAUGACCUCUGGCUGUAUGUCCACAGUACUCUGUAGUACUGAAAAGUGUUAGCAGCAUUUGAUUGAAGAAACAAAAAAGGUAAUUUGGAAUUUUCUUCUUGAAAUAACAUUCAUCUGCUACUUUCAGCAAAGCAUUCAAGAUCUUGCCCAGUACAGUUUACCAGCCAUGGGCCAUCUUCAUAGAGCUGCUCAAGCAUGAAAUAAUGCUUAAAAAUCAUCUGUUAAGCAAAAGUGAGCAGGAUACCAGUCACAGAUGCUACAUGUAACAUGGUAUUAUUGGUUGGUAACCUUAUUCUGGUAAGCAUAGUUGUUGCUGUGCUUUACUACGUUAUCUACUUAAGCAGCUCUGUGAAAUUGGAUCCAGUUUUAACUUGUAGAUUAUUUUUCCUGCUUAGCAACUCUAGAUAAUUUGGGGUCCGAUUCAAUCUAUGAGAGUUCGACUACAAUUGAGCAGAUCGGAGUGAUGUAAGAAUAUGUUUGUAAUAAGUGGUACUGUGUAUAAAAAUGUCUAUUAUUAUGUUCAGUGAUCCCUUUUAUAUCGUUAUUAUUAUUAUUAUAUAAAUAUGUAUUUCAUUUAUUGCAUUUUAAGUUGGGCGUUUUUUGAUGAAAGUAAAUUGCAGAUGGGAUUUGUAAAAUGGUUUGUUCGGAAGCUUACGGUCUACCAUAGGCAUGGGAACUCGUCUCGGAAAGGGCAAGGACAUUAACUGCCCUUUUGUUCUUUUCGUAAAAUUUUGAAGGGAAACCAAAAGCCAAAGAGCGGGGCAAUGAGAGCAUUAAAAUGUCAGACUGACAUCUUCUUGACUUUCUUGUUAGGGAAACUGGAUAUUCUUUACAGAAACCAAAAGUAUCCAAAUGUCAUAAUAGUUGAAGGUGAAAAUGUUGAAAACUAAUAUAAAAGUGUAAUAAUAAUACGACAAAUAUACAUUUUAUGAAUCAUAAAACCACUGUGUUUUACCAGCAUGUGGUCUUGUUUGAGGGUUUUCCUUUGUCUGCCACACCAAAAUCCUGAAAACUGGAUUAGUGAAAGCAUGUCACAGGUCAGAGUUUCUCAUUUGAAUGAGAUUGAACAUAGUGGAUGAUUUAAGAAUAGCGUAAAUACUCGUUUUCAAGAUUCAAAGGUUUAUUUUGUGUAUUAUGAAGUCUGUGGUCUUUCUUUGGCAUGAGUUCAAACCUGGAUGUAGACAGAAUGCACAGGGGUUAAUAUACCAUAUUCCAUAAUCCCACUAGAUAUAUUUUUAAAACAUCCCUUUUUGUGGUCCAGGCCUGAUGCUUUAUUUUUGAAAUGGCAAGGGCACCAAGGCGUUUUGUCCUGUUCUCCUCGUUAAGGGCACCUCUGUGAGGACAUUUCUAUUGGAAUAUUUCAAGUGUGCUAAGGUAAUUUCUCCUUAGUAAAGGGCACCUCUAUAAUGAAAUGUUAAAAUUCUAUUAGAAAAUGUCAAGGGCCAUCAAGGCACUGACCAAGAGAGGCAAUUUCAUGAAGUAUCAGGUCUUUCAUGAAAAUUAUGAGAUCUUUAAACAAUUAUAAUAUGUUAUGAUUCUAAUAGUUACUAAGUAACAAAGAUUUUAUUUAAGAUGUUUUUCCCCAAUCAAACAAUGCAGGCUUGCAACUUUUAUGCUGAUCAACAUCUGAUUUUCUCGUUCUUGGUGUCUUUGUCUGCACCAUUGGAAAUUGGAAAAACACAGUACAGUCUUUCUGUACUUGUCUCUUGUUUUUUUCUUUUUUAACAAACUGCAUUUGCAAGCCUGACAGUGAGGUACUUAUUAGAGUAAUUUAAUUUGCACUUGGUGAUUAUAUUGAUAACAUAUCUUUUGAAUAUGUGGUUGUAAUUCAUCUAAAUUAUGUGGGUUGUUUUCUUGUCAAUGAUGGAGUCAAAAUUGCUGAGGUUUUCCUGGAAAAUUUUGACAACUCUUGAAAGUUUAAAUAAGUCCAUCGUCAACUCAACAUGUUGUUUACGAUAACUUUCAAAAUUUUUUAAAAUAAACAUUUGGCAAUCAGCUGAUUUGGUCCAAAAUAUAACUGAUGUACAUUUUUUCAAUAACGUAAGUCUUCCCGACUUGCUUAAAGAAAAAUAUGCUGAAUUUUGGGUUAUUGUUUCUCUUUGGGGAAGAUUGUAACUUUAUAUAUUUUCAGUAUUAAACAAUCACACACAGCUCAGUUUGGGGAGAUGUGAUAUUCGUUUAAAAAAUAUAUAUCAUAACUUUUCAUAACUUAAUGCAUCAUAGUAAACAGGAAAUACUCAUUUUUGUAGCAGGUGGUAUUUGUUUUCUCUGUUACUUAAUUACAUUUAUUACAAAAUGUAUAAAUAACAAAACAUUCCUAUAUUGGAUCCAAUAUUCAUAAAUGCCAGUGCAAAAAUAUUAUAUAUGUACAAAUUUAUGAGCUUUCAGUUAAUUGAAAGCGUGCAAUGAGGUAGUUUUAGAGUGCAGUAGUUUCCCAAAUCUCCAAGUUGGUACUUGUACAUAUACAUUUGGAUGUUAUGUUUUGUCGGGUUUGCAUUUUGCAUCCCUUAAAACCCUAGAAACCCACUGAAUCCUCCAAACUGCUCUAUAGUCCCAUUUCACUCCUACCCACAUACGCCUAGCCUGUUCGCCAUUUGUGCCAUCCAAAAUAUGUACACAUUGGAGGUGACUCCAAAAUGGCGGAAAUUGUGCAGAGGUGCGUUACGCAUUGUGGGAGGCAUCAAUGGUUUGGCCAUUUUGCUUUUCUGAUAGUCAUCCCCUUGUGAACCAAACUGAGACUUGAAUGAACAAUAGUCUGGUUCCUUUAAACUGUUUGAGAAGACCUAUCAUUAUCACUGUAACAAAGAUGGCCACACAACGCGAACAGUCUACUAUAACUCAACAACCAAAUGAUUGGUGUCUAACAAAAAUGCUAUGCCUGGCCAAGUCAUAACUAUUUUGUUGUUUGGCCUAGUGCUUAUCCAACAAAAUCAGAGAUGGGUUUAAGGAUUAUGGAGGAUUUGGAAAUGUUAGGAUUAUUCAAAAGACCUUUGUCAUGCCUUAGCUGUAGUGUUUUGAUGAGCAAAAAAUAAUGAUGUGGGAUUAGUAAAAACCCUUAUACAUUACAGUAGAAAAUCGGAAUACCAGCUAAAAUUCAAGUUUUUGCAUGUAGACUACAUGAGAUGGUUCCCCACAUAUUUGUGCUUUAAAAGUAAAUGUGCUUAGCAUUUUGAUAUUGGAAUAAGUAAAUAAUUGGGUUUUUGUCUUGAGCCCCCUCCACAAGUUUUUAACAUGUUGUCACAUGUGUAUAUGUCUUGAAUUAUAACAAACUAGAUGUAUAAAAAAAAACUCAAAUUUGCAAACAUGUAAGUGUACACAUUUUUGUAAGUAGACAUGCCUCCGUAAUUAGUUUAGAUUCUAAAACCGUUGAUGAGGGAUUUAAAAGUAACAAUGGUUAUACUGCCUUCGAUUUCACCAAACUCUUUCUAACUUAUGACUUAUGAUUAGUUAAGUUCAGUAUGCAUAGAAAUGUUAGUUAGGACGCGUUGAACCACACCCAAGUAAGGACGAGUAAGUAACAACGAGUUACUCGUCCCAACUCGAGAUAGGAUUACAUGUACACCUAGCGUUUUGUGAAAGCGGCUGCAGAAGUAAGGGGGACCUUUGAUGACAUAAAAUUAAACCUUCUUUUUCGAUUUUUGGAGGGGGGGGGGGGGGGCGUCAGAAUUUAUGUUGGCAUUUAGAAUUAGAUGAGGUUAGUGGCCUUUUGAAUCUGUACCACUGCCUACUGUAUCUAUAAUGAUGGUUGUAAUUUUAGUGGGACACUUCAAGAAUUGGUGUCCAGACAUUAUUUAUGUUUCUCUGCUUAACCUUUCUAUUAUGAAAGAUGAGUGUAUUAUGGAUGGCUACCAACUAGUACAUCACUGCAAGAUAAUUUAAAGAGGGCUCCGAUAUCAUUCAGUUUUGUGAUGCCCUAAUUUUUAAGAGUCCUUAUGUACGUGGGAGAAACUAUUACAAGUCUUAUUUUAAAAUGGUGUGAAUUGUCAUUUUAUUUGAAAGUCUUUUAGAGCAAAAUUUGUACCACGAAGUCAGUUGGACAUCAUAACAAAUGGGUUCCAAAGAGGAAUUUCUGUAAAUUCAAAAGAGGAAUUUUUGUGCCAGUCGAAAAGUCAAAUUUACUGCUGUAUUGAUUGAAUAGAAUUGAAUUGAUCAUAGAAAUUCAGGAUUGAAUUUAAAGUAAUUCCCACGUGAAACAGUAUGGACCAUUAAUAUAUUAAAAUGUGUCUUUUGAUGAUUUUGGACGGUAACAAAAUUCACUCUGUAUAAAAAAAAUAUAUAUCAUUUUACACUUGUUGGUUUUUCUUCAUAAGGAUUUUGUCCAUUUGAAAAUGAGUGCAUCACAAGACUGAAUUUAACCUUGGAGCUGAUCUUUAAAAAGUUGUUUUUAUCUGAUAAUCUUAAGCAUUACCUACGGACAUGAUAUUGUACAAUGUACAUUGUGAACUCUCAGAUAAGUUAAUAUUAAAUGCUAUUAAUGAAGGAUGUAUAAGAUAAUGAA